AUGACCAUGGGCAAGGUAAGCACACCUACUGCAGCAUCUGUUUCUAAUGGGUUAUCCAUUAUUGCUUCAUUACUUUUUUUAAAAUAUACGCCUAAGCUCAUUUUGUCCUUUCACAGAUAAUCUUCUAUGAGGAUAGGAACUUCCAGGGCCGUUCCUAUGAGUGCAUGAGCGACUGCUCUGACAUGACCUCCUACCUGAGCAGGUGCCAUUCCUGCAGGGUGGAGAGUGGCUGCUUCAUGGUCUACGAUCGUCCCAAUUUCCAGGGUAACCAGGUCCUCAUGAGAAGGGGCGAGUAUGCUGACUACAUGAGCAUGAUGGGGAUGAGGGACUGCAUUAGGUCUUGCCGCAUGAUCCCCAUGGUAAGCUUAUAAAGACACUGUCAAAAGCAAUUAUACAUCUGCACACAAAUUCCCCCAAAUACUGACUUUUGCACAUUUUUUUAAUCAUUUCCUUUCCUGAAAAGCAGCACAGAGGCCAGUUCAGGAUGAGGAUCUAUGAGAGGGAGAACUUCAAUGGUCAGAUGAAUGAGCUGACUGAUGACUGCGACAACGUCCAGGAUCGCCUGCGUAUGUCCGACUGCCAGUCUUGCAAUGUGCUGGAUGGCCACUGGCUGCUGUAUGAGCAGCCCCAGUUCAGAGGCAAGAUGGUGUACCUGAGGCCUGGAGAGUACAGGAGCUCCAGGGACAUGGGCAUGAGCGGCACCAGGUUCAUGAGCAUGAGGCGCAUUAUGGACAUGUAAAAAUAGUGUUAAAUGAAUAAAUAAGCCAAAAUAAAAGUUUUACAAAAAAAAAUUCUGCCUGUUGGGUCUAUUAAAUUGAUCUCAAGUCACCUUUUAGUGGCCUUACAUUAAAAUUGACAACACGUUAGCAUCUUGGAUACAUGACAGCGGGUUUUCUCGUUAGCAAGUCCCAAAUUAUUUUAUCAUACAAGCACAAAGUUCCUUAGAAGGACAACAAGAUGAGGCAGAUGUCUUCCAAAAUAUAUUGUCAACUGCGAGUAUGAAUGAGAAUCUGUUUUUAAGUCUUAAAAGAAAUACUGUCACAGACAAGUUGCAUAAAACUUACUACGAGAUGGGAACUUUUUAUGAGAUUAUUUUUUGGAGGACUAAAAUCAGAACUUUUUAAUCUGUGCCACAUUCAACACACUGAAAGAUGCUCUGAAACCUACAAGGAUUCUUACAAAACUAUUGACAAGACUGAUGGGCACCUUCAUGGUCUCUAAAGAGGUCAGUUCAGUACUUCAGAUAACCUCUUGACCUUUUAACCCAGUGCAGCUGAGAGUUCAAAGGUGAACCCUGCCAAUGCUUUGUUGAUAUUGGCAAGAGUAUAAGGCCCAAUGCUUUUGUUUUGCCUGACCUUCUCCUGAACUUUUCCCUGGCACUAACAUUAGUCCAAACAAAAAGUCCAAUCCAUUUGGCCGACAAACCACCAUCAUUCCUGGAUCUGUGUUACCUUGGUUAGGUAAUGUAGGGGAAGCAUAAACCAACACAUUACCACACACCAAAAAAAAAACAAUAACCAAGUACAAAAAGUUUAUUAUUUAACAGCACUAGCUGACAAUUUGGAAAAUUUGCUUUAAAUUAGUCGCCCAUGAGACAGAAAAGAGUAAUUUGAUGGGAUUAGAAAAUUUGUUUUAUUGGUGCACACACCAUAAAGACAGAUCUCUGGUUCCACUGUAGCAAACCAGACAUGGAACUACAGUUUAUCGCUUGGUAAAAGAGAAGAACCGGAAGUUUAUAAAAAGUCACCUUGGUCAUUUCCAAAAAUUUUCAGAUGCUUUGAGAAAAUGAGAUUCUUUUCUGAUCAGGGCAAUGCUACCCAAAAGUUCAGGGUCUCCUUUAUCAUAAUCUUUGUUUGAUGAUGCUGCAUGUGUUUUUAAAGGCAGGCAAGUUUAGCACCUGGACACUUCUACUACAGAGCCAUGCUGUUGUAAUACGUGCAGAAUGUAGUUUAGCAUUGUCCCUGGAAAAGUCAUUGUCUGGAUGGCAGCAUAUGAUGCUCCAAAACCUGUUCAGCAUCAAUGGAACCUUCCCACUGGCUUUGAACUGUCUCUCUGCUCUUUAGGUUAGAGGAAGCAGUGUUCAUUAUGAUAUAUUAGCCUACAGGAUGGGUUACUACUUAGCCUCAGUUCAUCUUAAAUCACUGGCAUCACUGAAUUAAGUUUAUAUGUGGUUUCUUCUUUGCAUGGUGGAGUUUUAACCUGCAUUCAUGGAGGCAGCAACAAACUUUGUUAACUGACAGAGAUUUUUGGUAAAGACUUAAAGCCCAUACAGUGAUUGCCGCUACAACGGCCCCUGACAGUAGACAGUAUAAUUCUACACAGUAAUGGCAGGAAAAAGAAAAAACUGACAAAAAAAAAAAGAGUACUCUGAUCUUUGAAUAUUUCUUAUUGCUCACAAUUCUGUAUUUUUGUAUUUCAGUACCGUUUUUGCUCAGUUACACUUCAAUCCAAACAUAUCCAAACAUACACUGACAUACAAACACACACACACAGUAAACCAAUAAAGAACAGAGGGGAAGACAGGGACUAUAUGGACACAGGGAAAUUAGCAACAGGUGAGGCAGACAAGACACAGGUGAAACUCAUGGGUGAUUAACAAAGGAGGGAAAACUUGGAAAGUAAAACCAGAAUAGAAACACAAGGAUGGACUACUACAAAUUAAAACAGGAAACACCGAAAACUGAUCUUAAGAAUAAAACGCUGAGAAUGUGAGGGGAAACAGGGUCAGACACAAACUGAAAACUCACAAGGCAGGAUCACAGAAACAAUAGGGAACAGAAACACCAGAAACAACACAAAGAAAACACACUCAAAUAAAACCAGGAGAAAACUAAAUAAACAGAACAUAUCAUGACACUGACAUUUGUAUAGAUUUCUUAGUUCUACAUUUCUUUUUUUUUUUCUUUUCUUUUUUUUUACAUUUAUUAUUACCAUAAAUGCUUAAGUUUAAAUUUCUGUAUUUUUGGCACAACCCUAACUUGUUCAUGAAACAGGUGUUUCUCUUUCAGUGUGUCAGAUGUGAUGUACAUUGUGUGCUACUGGAUGGCUGAAAUUUUCCUCAAUAAAGUACCUGCCAACCACCCUACUGUGUCAUUUCUGUUAUUAAUGCAGAGCCGCCUGAGGGCCUGAAGAUCAGGUUCAUCCAGUGUUGGUUUUGGUUCAUGUCUCUUUUGUACAGAGGUUUCUCCAGAUUCUCUGAAUCUUUUGAUACAAUUCUAAUUUUAUAUGGAGGAAGAUUAUUCUGGGAUUGUUGGAGUAUUUUCUCACAUAGUUCCUCCCAAAGUGAUAAACCUCCUCCCAUUUCUUCUGUUAAAAACCUCUCCGAAAUGUUCUUUUAGUACCCAGACAUGUUACUUAUAGGUUGUAAACCAACCUAAUUAGCUAUGGACUUUUUGUGUUUGUAUUAAACAACUUUUUCAUUGUUCUGUUGUCCCUGUCACAAAUUUUUUGGAAUGUUUUUUAUAAGACAAUAAAAAAGUUAAUUUCCAACAUUUGACAUAUUUUCUUUGCAUUAUUUUCAAUGUAAUAUUGGGCUUAAACCAUUAUAAACAUUUAUGUUUUCAUGCUAGCUCAACAAAGUUAGGUAUGGCUUUCUUGUGAAUUUAUUUAAUUUAUUAAGCAUUCUAUUUGGGAACGCUACCCACAAAAGUAACAAAAGUACCUUAAAGAAGAAUACAAACUUUUUGGAAAGUUGACUUUUGUCAUCCACAUCUCUCAAACGGUCCUUAAACAGGUGCUACAAAAUACAUCGACGCAAACUUUUUGUUGUUGUUGUUGAUGUAGUUAAAUAACAUGACACAACAACCACAUAUUUAAACCACUGUAUCAAUGUUCAAUGUUUUGGACUUGUUAUGACCCCAACACCUGACAAGCUACACCUCCAUGUAUCCUUAAAACCAAGAAUCAGAGAAAUUUAAAACUCUCGCCAAAAAAAUGUCAUGAAUAAUCUUAGGAAUAAACAAAUCAGCAAAUUAUAGUAAAGAGUGUGACUGUGAAAUACAUGAAUAAAUAUUCUCAGUAAGUCUGAGGCCUUUGUGUGUGUGUGUGUGUGUGUGUGUGUGUGUGUGUGUGUGUGUGUGUGUGUGUGUGUGUGUGUGUGUAUGUGUCACAAAUGAGUUGUCCAAAAGCUAAAAACAACAGGUCAUUAGUAGAGUUUUCAACAGUUGUAUCACCAACAGUCACAACCAGCUUUGUUAGGAAUGCUUUCAAAAAUGAGAGAAAAGGCCUUUUUAAAGCCUGUAAGGUUCUCAGUCCCCUGAAGAAUGGGCAUUAACCUCAGCAUUACAGGGUCAAUGGUAAUAGUUGCAAGGUAAGGGGUUCUCUGAGGGGGCCCGCCUGUUCUUUACAUGUAGUUGGGUAUAAAAAGAAAGGGUUAAACCAGGUAGGUAGGCAGUUCAGGAGCAGUAGCAGCAACUCAACAGCGGCCAACAUGAGCAACACCGGCAUGAACAUGAGGGGCAAGGUACUUGUGGAGAGCACAUUUUAAAAAAGCAGCUGUUCCAUUUGUAGCAUAGAGUUACUAUAUUAUCACUUACCUCUUCUCAUGCGAUGAUUACAACUCACUUCUUUUCCAGAUUGUCUUCUUCGAGGACAGGAACUUCCAGGGCCGUUCCUAUGAGUGCAUGAGCGACUGUGCCGACAUGUCCUCCUACCUGAGCAGGUGCCACUCCUGCAGGGUGGAGAACGGCUGCUUCAUGGUCUACGACCGCCCCAACUUCCAGGGAAACCAGUACUUCAUGAGGAGGGGCGAGUACGCUGACCACAUGAGCAUGAUGGGAAUGAGAGACUGCAUUAAGUCUUGUCGUGUGAUCCCCAUGGUAAGUUUACAACAGCGUCCACUGUGCUGUGACUCUGCUGCAGUUUAAGCCGUUUGAAUUUUGUAAUUGAGACUUGACACUUUUAUUCCCGCACAAAAGCAGCACAGAGGCCAGUACAGGAUGAGGAUCUAUGAGAGGGAGAACUUCAAUGGUCAGGUGCAUGAGCUGAUGGAUGACUGUGACAACAUCAUGGAUCGUUUCCGCAUGUCCGACUGCAUGUCCUGCAACGUGAUGGAUGGCCAGUGGCUGCUGUUUGAGCAGCCCCACUUCAGGGGCAGGAUGAUGUACCUGAGGCCCGGAGAGUACAGGAACUUCAGGGAGAUGGGCAUGAACGGCAACAGGUUCAUGAGCAUGAGGCGUAUCAUGGAUUCUUGCUAAAUACUUAGUCAAUGUUCACUAAAUGUGUAAUUGCCACUAAAUAAAGCACUAUCUGCACUAAUCUUUUUCCUGACUGUAUUAAUGAAAUGGGAUUCAGCAUGACGCAAAAAUAUUCAAGUCAUGGAAUUCUGUACAUUUGGUUCUUUUUUACUGAGCAAGUACUUGCUAACCAAGCUUAGAUUGUUUUAAAGGAUAGCACUUGUAGCUGUUCAAUGUUUAUUUUGAACUAGUAUUAACAUCUUACCACCGUUGGAAAAGUUCAACUUUUUUAAUUAAAUGUUAAAACUUGUAGUCUACUGGUCAAAAGAAGUAUGACAAUCUCCAAACAAGGUAAAAAUCAACCAUAUAUUUGAUAUAAUGUUGUUCACAGAUGACCAAUCUAAGCUGUUUAACUGCAGUAAUCCAAAGAAAUCAUAGGUAUACUGAUAAGUAAAAGGCUUAUAAAAAAGCUAAAUUAAAGCUAAGUAUCCAGAGUCUUGUAAUUCCUUGCCUCAUAACCUUGCGUCGUAUCAAAUAGCCUUAAGCAGAACAAACUCAGUAGAAAUGAAAUACAAAAUUUAAGUAUGUUUGAUUUAGACUUUACUCAACUGAUUACAAAAGUCAUUUUGUCUUCAUCAUCUUAGAAUCAGCCUUACAUUUUACAUAGGAGUGGUUCCCUUUCCACAGAGCCCACCACCUUGCACUGCCAUGUUUUCAUAUUGUGUCUGUGCAAAAGAAUUUGUAUUGAUAGACAUUUUUGAUGGUCAUAUUUAUCAUGUAGGCCGCCAAAACUUCACUGAUGGGAGGGAUUAGGAAGUGAACCUUUCAUUUUAGAUAAUUGCUCAAUUCAUUUCUACUGGACAUACAUGGUAGCUUUCCACACAUAGUGGAAUUUGUAGAGGAAAUUACAUAAGUAGUUAUCUUGUAUACAUAAGUGUCAUGGAGACAUUGCAUAUUCAGUGUUACAGGUCAUGCAUCCUACAUUUGUCUAAAUGUUGUUAAGGUGAUGCACUGUUGCAAAGUAAUGUUCGGGAGGUGGUGCAGAAGCUCAAGGAAGUCAACAUGAGGAAGGUCUGGGAAGGCGUGAAUACCAUCACAGGCCACAACACCAAGACCAGAGCCGUAGGAGGAACAGUGGAGAGGGCGAAUGAACUGAAAGAAUUCUUCAACCAGUUCAAUCAGCCCAUGUCCCCCUCACCCUUCACUGCAGCAUCUCCCUCUCUUUCCUCAACACACCUCCCCUCAGUCAUUGCAGUACCCUUCUCGUCCUCAUCACCCUCAACUAUGACACAGACCUUUCCAAGCACCGCUGUGAAAAGGUCAGCUGAGGAAGCUACACCCCAGGAAAGAAGUUGGUCUGGACAAGAUGUGUUCUAGACUACUCAAGACCUAUGUUGUUGAACUGGGUGAACCACUUCAAGUGCCCACCUUCUGAAAGGCAUCCUGAAUUGUUCCAGUUCCCAAGAAGAACCGACCCAGCAAGCUUGAUGCCUUCCGGUGGCACUCACUUCACAUCUGAUGAAUACAAUGGAGCAGCUCUUCUUCAGCCUUCUCAGACCCCAGAUGCAACAUGCCCAGGACAGUCUGCUGUUUGCAUACCGGGCAGGUGUUGGUGUGAAGGACACCAUCCUUUACCUGCUUCACCGAGCCCACUUGCAUCUGGACAAGGGGAGUAGCACCAUAAGGAUCAUCACCAUGAGGGACAUCCAACUGACACUCUGAUCCGUAUCACCAGGGCACCUCAGGGGACGGUGUUGGCCCCUCUUCUCUUCACCCUGUACAUCGCAGACUUUUAUCUCUUUUACGUCCAGAAUGUUGUAGCCAUCAGUGGAUGACAGAGAGGAGGAGAAGAGGGGCCUGGUGAGGAAUUUUGCUGUCUGGUAACACAGGAACCAUCUGCACCUCAACACCAAGAGGACCAAGGAGCUGGUCAUUGACUUUUGGAGGUCCACACUAAGGUCAAGAAGUGACUGUGGCUAGCAAGCUGGACUGAAUAUUAAACACUGGCCACCUGUACUUUAUGAGGAGGCUGCAGUCUUUUAACAUCUGUAGCAAACUCCUGUGGACGUUUCAUCAGUUUGUGGUCACCAUGGUGUGCUGGGGGGCAGCACAUCCAAGAAGAACACACCCAAGCUGGAAAAACUGAUCAGAGGAGCUGGCUUGAAGCUGGACUAUCUGGUGAUGGUGGCAGGGAAGGGGACUAUAGACAAACUACUGGACAUUAUCGAUGAUGCCAGUCACCCUCUGCACACCGUCAUCAUCAACCAGAAGAGCCUGUUCAGUGACAGACUGUUUCUUCCGAAGUGCAGGACCAACAGACUGAAAAAGUCCUUUGUCUUUCAUCAGACUGUACAACUCCUCUCUGGGGAGGAGGAGGGGUAA